AUGGCCAGCGUCCGGAUCGACGACCCCACAGGCUGUGGCCGCUACCCCGGCGCAGAGUGGCACAGCGCCGAGCCCCACAUCUUUCCGGCCAGGUCCAGGAAGGCCGUCGCCUGGGAGCUCUCCGUCCCCGACAUGUUCCUGGAACACCAGGAACGCUACGUCAUGGACGACUGCCUUACCAUCCACUGCACCGUGGACGUUAUCCGGGAGGAGUCUGUAGAUGGGACCACCAGGAACUACUCGGUCGUUGUGCCUCCGCCGCCGAGCCUAUCCCAGGACAUCCAUAGGCUCCGGCAGGAGAUGUGGUGGCCGGACGUGACGUUCGUGGUCGACCAGACCAAGAUCCAAGCGCACAAGCUCGUGCUAGCCAUGCGGUCGCCGGUCUUCGCCGCACAGUUCCACGGGGAGAUGAAGGAGAAGACCAUGCGCAGCCUACGGAUCGACGACAUGAGCGCAUCGACAUUCAACGCCAUGCUCCACUUCAUUUACACCGACGAGCUGGCCCAAACCAACAAAGGAACAUGCCACUUGGCAAUGGUGCGCGACCUCCUCGUGGCCGCAGACCUAUAUGACCUGGAGAGGCUUAGGCUCAUGUGUGAGAACAUACUGUCCAAGAGCAUCACGGUUGGCAACGUCAUGUCGACGCUGAUGCUGGUGCACAACAGGCACAGCUGCCGACAACUCGAGGCCUCGUGUGUUGAGUUCAUAGCGUCCGACCCUGACAUCUACAACGCCGUGCAAGCCACCAAUGAGUACAAGGAGCUCGAGAAAGAAUGCCCCUCUUUUAUAUACGAGAUCACUAAGAAAUUAGCCACGCGUGCGGUGGCUCGCAACAAAUCUCCAUCUACUUCUUCCACCGGUUGUGGCACUGAUAGCAGCAGAGAGAGCGUGUCGAGGUAUAACCCAUCAGCGGUGAUGAUCGGCACACACGAGUUUAGGAUCGAAAGCUUGAAAGCCAUCAGGAAGACGCACAGUGGUGGUCAAUACAUCCAAUCUGGCAGUUUUCAAGUGGGGGGAUACGAGUGGGCCAUAAGUGUGUACCCAUCCGGGUUUGAAGGGGACGAGACCGAGUACAUUGGCCUCUUCCUUAGGCGGUUGAGUUAUAACAAUGACGACGAGGAUGCCGAUGAUGACAACGACGAUGGCGGCGGCGUGGACGGCGACAACAAUGAUGCUCAUGCUGAUGACUACGUCAAAGCUUUGUUCAGCUUUAAACUCAAAGACCCCACUGGUAACUCACCGUCACGCCAAAAAAUAAUUUCACACGUCUAUGAUAAUGGCUUAGGUGAGGGCUACGGAUUUUCAGACUUCAUCACCAUGGAAUUAGUGAAUUCACACUACUUGGGACAUGACGGGUCUCUCACUGUCCAAUGUCGAGUUGAGGUAACCACAAUGUCCUGCACUAGCAGCACCGUCGUAGCCGGCACCGUGAUACCCGUGCCACAGUCCAACUUGGCACUACACCUCGAGCAGUUGCUAGCGAGCGAGAGCGGCUGGGAUGUCAUGUUCCUCGUCGAGGACAGCGAGAUCCCCGCGCAUGGGCUUGUGGUCGCCACACGGUCACCGGCGUUACACGAGGAGGUGGAAUGGGCUACCGGCAUGGACCAUGUAAAAAUUGAUGCCAUGAGAGCCACUGUUUUCAAGGCCAUACUCCACUUCAUCUACACGGAUGAGCUACCUCGUGUCGAUAACCUUGUCCCCGUUGUCGGUGGUGAUUCCACGAUGAUAGCAGGAGAGAUAAUGGCGGCGGCGAGCCGGUUCCGACUGGAGAGGAUGAAGCGGCUGUGCGAGAACCUGUUAGCGGAGAACAUCACGCCGAAAAACGCACUGGCCACGCUAAGAAUCGCGGGACGCCACGGUUGCACCGAGCUGGAAGGUCACUGCGUUGAGUACAUGUCCCUGCCACACGUCGCCAAGGACGUGAUGAAAUCCCUCAAGUCCUUUCUGUAA